GGGAAGCUGGUGGGCAGAUUCUAUGAUGAAAAUGGGUCACCGACAGAGGCCUUAAGGCAGGCUGAGGCUGCAAUUGAGGAAGCUCUGAAGUUCCAAGCAGAAAACGAGCAGAGGAAGCAGCAGUUUCCACCCUGCAACUCUGAAUGGAGCUCUGCUGGGGGCGGCCGAUUCUGGUGCUCCAGAGAGAGUGGAGGAGUGAACAGAGACUGGACUGGAGUGCCCCGGAAGCUGUACCAGCCUGGUUCAAGGGGGAGUCACUGCGUGUGCGUGAGGACUGCUGGUCCCCCGUGGGGCCAGCCCGACUCCAGCGAGCACAGCAACAGGGGUGACCUGGAUAACCCUCACCUAGAGGAGUACAAUGGCUGCCACCCACUAGCUGAGCAGUGUGUCCUAACAGUGUGA